CCUAAUGUUGGUUGGACCAAUGAGAGAUGGGUUUGCAUUGCCUUGAAAUAUUUCAAGUUCUGUAGGAAAUGUACAUUUUUUUCCUCCACUGGAGAGCAUGAACCCAAAGUUGUCCAUGCUCAGGUGUCUUCAGAGCCCUAGUAGGGACUGGUAGAUCCCACUGGAGGAACAGACCAACUUUCCUCACAGCAGCUGUGUUUGAAAUGCUUUGGGAUUGCUACUGACCCUGACAAAUGCUAGCAUGAAUUAGCAGAGCAAGGCCCAGUGCAGUGAUCUGAUCUACUUACAGAUGCGCAGAAGAGGAGUAGCCAGAGAAUGCUGUUAGCUUUACCUGAGCUUCUGCCUUAAACUCAACAAAGAAAAAAAUAUAAACUAUAACUAAAUACCCUCCUGCGGCAGUGGUUCUCAAACCGAUAUGUGGAGAAUUUGCUGGUGCUCCACAGGGAACUGCCUGAUCACAUACUGCCAACUUCCACCCCAGUGCUAAAUUGCAUUAAAAUCACCUAAAUAUUUUCCUAACACUAAUUUUGUAUGCCAGCAACUGCUGUAGUUAUUGCAAGCAGAGGAUGUAAUGGCAAAGGGGAGAAGGGGAGGUGUGCUCAAGACGAUCUCUACUACAAUGUUCACUCUCCAAAAAAGGUUGAGAGAUCCCAUCCUAGAUUAAAGGGUUUAACAAGGAGUAACUGGAUCUGAAGCAAGUGAGGAAGAGUAGCCUGACUUUAGAAAUCCAGGGCUAUUGUAAAAAUACAGCCUCCUUUUCUAGCCAAACUAUAGGCAAAAACAGUUUCCCUCAGGAGAGAGAUUCAGAGCCUCCCUAUUCCUAAGCCACUGGACUUUCUGUGGAUCACAAAUACCUCUUCCAUUGGGUGGUAUCUCCUUUGUAGCUAAUGCAACCAUAUUAAUUGCCAGUGGCAGCCCUAGGCCCAGGCAGCUGCAUAAGGCCCUGUGCUACAUGCUCAGACCCAAACCACCAGCCAGAGCAUUAGCUCUGAGCCUCAGUACAAUAGUCUAACUGAUUCUGGUGGCAGCAUAUACAUCAGAGUGGAAUCCUCUGUCCUCCUGCUAAAAAGGUGUAUACUUCAGUUCUACCUCCUGUCUUCCUAACCUAGGUUUGUUUGUUUUUUCCAGAGGUCACAGAGCCUUAGCAUGAGUGGGACUGUAAAUGAGGAAAGGGGCUGUCAGGGGUGCACAGGGCUAGAGACCUGGUAAUAGCUGGGGAGUGAUCUAGGUGGGAUUUUGUGUAUAUAUAACUACAAAACUGAAGGCUGGUAUUGUUUAUUGAGAUGCAGAAGUCAAUCACACAAGUGGACAGUGAGUUAACUGAAGGCUGAUUGGCUUUUGUCUUUGUUGUCUGACAGAUCAUUGUACUAAACUUUCCCUCCAGGAAGGUUUCUACAGUUGAAAGAAUGACCUUUCCUUUGUCAGCCGGUAUAUCUUGGAUGCUGUUGUCCUGCUGUGGAGCCUAUACAGGCUGCCAGCCCCAUCCUGCUGUGACAUUUCAAGAUUGUUUUUGAAAUUCCAAACUCAGUAAAUGGAAAAUUUAAAAGAAAGCCAAGGAGCUUAGGAGAAACAUCUGGGGGGAGGGUAUCCACACUCUACAGCGAAAUUAGAUUAAACUCCAGUUUGUCAUGUGUUUAAAUGGAAAAUCCCUUGGAAUUAGAAACUUCCCAUUAAAAUACUUAGGUGGGAAAAAAUCAGAAUUUGGAAAAGAGGCUUUAAGAAUUCUGCCAAAAACUAAACAACAAAGUCUUACAGUUUCCAGAUUGCAAUGGAAAAUACCCUUUGGGAACAGAGAAUUCAACAGCAGGCCCUUCCCAGGACUGGAGUCAGAGAGAAGGAGAAGGGAGGAUCCAUUCCAGCAGAGGCUGCUGUGAUCAGACAAAGGGAGGAGAGAAGCCACAGUAAACAGCUCUCCCUUCACCCAAGACAUUUAUCUACAGAACAGGUGGGGACCCUUACCUGGCAUGGCACUCCUGCUCCAGCUGCAGCUCAGAGCCUGGCUGUGGACAGCACUGGUCCUCUAUGUGUUUGCUGGAUCCUGGAGGCAGACAGAUGGGCAGCUUCACUCCGAGGACCAUGCUGAUGUGAAUGUGUUUCAUAACAAUCUGGAGGAUGCCAACGUCAUGCUAGAGUUGCUCUGGGAAGGACUGGAGAUUGAGGCUAACAAGACAAUCAGGCUGCAGGAUGAGGAACUGGCCUCUCUGCGCCCAGCAAAGCGAUUUCUCCAGAUCUUCCAGCACCAGGUUCCCAAGACAUCAGAAGGGAUCAAGGAGCAGCUGAAACAUCUUUCACAGGCAGAUGCCCCUCUGAGUCUAGUAGAGUUUGAUCAGCUUCUCUUCACCAGCGUUUACUGCGCUUAUCAGAUUCGCUCCAUUCAGGGCCUGGACAAAAAUCUCUGGAUCAGUUUCUUUUCUCAGCUAGUUGAUGAAAUCCUCCAUGAUCUCUGCAAGGGAUUCUGCCCUGCAAAUUCCACUCUCCUGGCUUCCUGGCCCUGGAAGGAGAAGCCUUUUUAUUUAACCUCACUGAAAAAGUCUUAUCAUUCCAGCGUGGCCAUGAUGAAGAGAGGCACUGAGUAAGGAGAUUGACAUGAGGAGAUUCAAUUGCAUUCUUAUUAUUAUGAGUGCUGACAGUCAUCCCAGAUUAUGCUGGUUAAUGUGCGGAAGUGCCACCAUUCUUCCUCUUUUGCUUUCUGUAUCGUACUGGCAACAUUCUAGGCAUUUAUCCAACCAGCUAUUGCCCCAUCUUUAAAUGUGAAACAAAGCCUGGGAUGUCUUCUUAGGAUCUCCAUAGAAGACACACUUCUGAGAUGCACUUCUGCCUUGAUCCCUGAUGGCCAUUAGAGAUGUCACAGCACUUUUUGCAGAAGUCCAGGUAUUAGCCUGUAAUGGCUGAAUUCCAUUUCAGGUAAUUCCAUUUUGCCUCCCUAAAUUCCCUGUGGUUGCAGUUGGAUAUAGUAUUUUUCCUUUACUACAAUAACUCACUGUAUAGCAUAGUUGUGCUGUUCAUACAGCUGCUGUGUUCCACUUCAUAGGUGGCUACACUCUGUGGUGAUUCAUAUUAAGUUCUGACUCAUUUUAUGUCAUCCCAUGCCAGGUGCCUGGAACAGUUUCUCAAGUAAUGUGCACCCAUUUCCUUCCAAAAACUCCUGAAAAUGUACUGAUUCUAUGAACCCUUCUGGUAUAGAUAUCGUUCCCCAUUUUGUAUUAAUACAGAGUGGGCAUUUGCUUGUAUCUCAUCUACUAAACUUUUGAGGGUAGGGAUCCAGUUAUUUGUUCAUCAGAUUUUACCUCUUCUAGAGAGUCUUCUUCUACAUCUGUGGCACUUUACAAAUAAAGUAAUUGGAACAAUACUG